UGGCCACACAUUUUUCUCCUAUACUAACUUUCACCAUUUUUCUCCUUGGCAUCUUCUCCAACACCAGUCGAUUCUAAUCUCUGUUGCUAUCAUCAGGAAUCAGUAACAUGCACCCAAAUGAAAAAAAUAAACUAUGAACAGCUAAAAAUGAUUAUCUCCUAUACAUGCACUUCCAAGCCACUUCAUUCCAAACCCCACCAAAAUAUAAAGAACACCCCAACUUCAUAUUUUACUCACUGCCAAAUGGGUAGGCAAGGUAAUGAUCCUACUACCACUGUUAACUCCUCCAUUGCUCUUCUUCAAGAAAGGUUUAGACAGUUGGAGAAGGUCAAAGAAAGAAGAGAGGGAAAGCAACUCCUUAAACUCUUGUCUUCUGAGAGCACUUCUUCAUCUAUUAUGCAGAAUCCCUCAUCACAAAACUCUCAUCAUCAUCAACAACAUCAACAACACCAACAACAUCAACAACAGCCAAGAAUGGUGCCUCCUCUUCAUAGGCCAAUUCUCCAUGAUUCUCUUUCUCUUGGCCUCAACUUCACCACACAAGGUGAUCACAACACCAUGAACAUGAAACCACCCCCAUCCUCCAAUUUAUGGCCUCAGGGAUCACCAACAUCACGAAAUUUUGAUACCUCAGAAGUUGAUACUUCUCUUCAUCUGUAAAUAUGUUUACUGCUACUACUACUACUACUUUUCUCUGCUUCCUUCCCUAGUACCUUUAUAGAUGUAUAAUAAUAUAACCCUGUGUUCUGCAUCGUUUUGUAUCAGUAAUCAAGGAGAAUUUGUAUCAGUUAUGCUUCAUUUUGUCGCUGGAAAGUAUGUGAGUAACAUAUGAAAUUCGUAAUUGUAUAUGGACUUCCUUAAA